CUUUUUGAAGUAGAACUUCUUCUAGUUUUCACUACUUGUUUAGAAACAACUCACGUUCUUCUCAGAAACGUCCCCAAUUAGUGACUUCCCACUUCUACAAUGUCCAAGCAAUUAAACAUUCUUGUUAUUGGAAACGGUGGAAGAGAACAUGCCAUUGUCUGGAGAUUGGCCCAGUCUGCCUCCGUCAACAAGAUCUAUGUUGCUCCAGGUAACGGUGGUACGGCUACAGACUCGGAUAAGAUUGUGAAUGUACCCCACUUGUCCGGCUCGCCAAAGGACUUUGAAGCUUUGCAGAAGUUUGCUGUUGACAAUAAUAUCAACUUAGUGGUUCCAGGCCCAGAACAACCUUUGGUAGACGGUAUCACCACAGUUUUCACCAAGGUUGGUAUUCCAGUUUUUGGACCUUCUGCUGCUGCUGCUGUCAUGGAAGGCUCUAAGGCUCAUUCCAAGAUCUUCAUGGACAAGCACAACAUCCCUACUGCCAGGUUCCAAAACUUCAAAUCUGUGGAAGAAGCCAAGAAGCACAUUGAGACGAUUGACUACAAGAUCGUCUUGAAGGCCGACGGCAUUGCUGCUGGUAAAGGUGUCUUGAUCCCAGAGACCAAAGAGGAAGCCUUGAAGGGCUUGAAUGAAAUCAUGGUGGACAAGAACUUCGGCGCUGCUGGCGACGAGAUCGUUAUCGAGGAGUUCUUGGAAGGUGACGAGUUAAGUAUUUUGACCAUCACCGAUGGUUACACUUUCUUCAACUUGCCAGCUGCUCAAGACCACAAGAGAAUUGGCGAUGGUGACAAGGGAUUGAACACUGGAGGUAUGGGUGCCUAUGCUCCAGCCCCUAUUGCUACACCAGCCAUUUUGAAGAAGAUUGAUGAAUUAAUCAUUAAGCCUACUAUUGAUGGUAUGAGACAAGAUGGUACGCCUAUGAACGGUGUUUUGUUCACAGGUAUCAUGUUGUCGCCUUCUAAAGAACCAAAAGUCUUGGAAUACAAUGUUAGAUUUGGUGAUCCAGAAACUCAGACUGUAUUGCCUUUGUUGACUGAAGACACAGAUUUGGCCCAGGUCUUCUUAGCCUGUGCUGAACACAGAUUAGAUUCUGUCACUAUCAAAACUAAACCAGACAUGUUCUCCACUACUGUCGUUAUGGCUGCUGGUGGUUAUCCAGAAUCCUACAAGAAGGGAGACGAAAUCACUGUUAAGUCCCCAUUGCCUGCCAACACUUAUGUGUUCCAUGCUGGUACUGGCGAAAAGGACGGUAAGGUAGUUACUGCUGGCGGUAGAGUUAUUGCUUCUACUGCUAUUGCUCCUACUUUGAGAGAAUCUGUUGACAGGGCCUAUGUAGGUGUAGACCAUGUUUCCUUCACCGGCAAGUAUAACCGUAAGGACAUUGCCCACAGAGCUUUCCGUGAUGCCGCUUCUACUUCUCAAGGUAUCACCUAUGCCGAUGCUGGUGUCUCUGUAGACAAUGGUAACUUAUUGGUAGAACAGAUAAAGGCCAAGGUCAAGUCAACUGCUAGAGCUGGUGCCGAUUCGGACAUCGGUGGCUUUGGUGGGUUGUUCGAUUUGAAGAAAGCUGGCUACAACACCGACGACACUUUGUUGGUGGCUGCUACUGAUGGUGUAGGCACCAAGUUGAGAAUCGCACAAAUCAUGAACAUCCACGAUACUGUUGGUAUUGACUUGGUGGCCAUGAACGUGAAUGAUUUAGUUGUACAAGGUGCCGAACCUUUGAUUUUCUUAGACUACUUUGCUACAGGUAAGUUGGACAUUGAAGUUGCCGCCAAAUUCGUCAGUGGUGUUGCAGAUGGAUGCAUCCAAGCUGGCUGUGCUUUAGUCGGUGGGGAAACCUCCGAAAUGCCCGGUAUGUACGAUGAAGGUCACUACGACACCAACGGUACUGCUGUUGGUGCUGUAACCAAGAGUAAGAUUUUGCCUAAGAUUGAAAAUAUGAAGACUGGAAAUGUGUUGAUUGGUGUCACUUCCGAUGGUAUCCACUCCAAUGGUUUCUCGUUGGUGCGUCGCAUCAUUGAAGUUUCCGACUAUGAAUACACUUCGGUUGCUCCAUGGUCUAAAGAAGGCAAGACUAUUGGUGAAGAAGUGUUGGUUCCUACUAAGAUCUACGUUAAACAGUUUUUGAAGUCCAUCAACGAAGGCUUGUUGUUGGGAUUGGCUCACAUCACGGGUGGUGGUUUGGUGGAAAACGUUCCAAGAGCAUUGCCAAAGAAUUUACAGGCAAAGAUAGAUAUGAACACUUGGGAAGUUCCAGAAAUCUUCAAGUGGUUUGGAAAGCAAGGUAAGGUCCCUUACAACGACAUCCUCAAGACCUUCAACAUGGGUAUUGGUAUGGUGUUGAUUGUCGAAGAGGACAAUGUCGACAAGGUAUUGUCAAACUUAAAGGCAUCCGGUGAAACAGGUAUUGUCAUUGGAUCCCUUGUUGACAGAAAGGAAGGCGAAGAAGGAUGUGUUGUUGACAAUGUUGAGGGGUUGUACUAAAUUACACUAUAAAACAAAUAAUUAACUACGGUAGCACUAAUACAAAUCAUGAAAGAUC